AUGAGGCUCUCGGUCAAGAACCUCGUUUUCUUCUUCGUCGUGGUUUUCUCGUGUCCUUCUAGAUUUCCUUCUCCUUCCUCGAUUUUUCGUUUCCUAAUCAGAGAGAAAGAAACGACAAUUGGGAAGAAAGAUAGCGGGGAAGAGGAGGAGAAGACGACGACGACAAGAGAAUGGGGAAUUGCUUUGGUUCAUCUUCAAGAUCUCCCACUCCUGCAGUUGGCACACCAUAAGUCCAGAGAAAUCCUGACCCUUUUGGCUAAUCGUGCAGGUCGCUCGUCGUCAAGGACCAGCAGCAGCGAGAUGACCACCGGGAAGCUAUCAAACCUCAGCAGCAGCACGACCUUGGGUGAGUCCUCCGACAACGGCAUCAGCGUCGAGAAGGUGUUCCCGGAGGGGAGGAUCCUGGAGGCGCCCAACCUUCGCGUCUAUACCUUCGCCGAGCUCCGGAGCUCCACUAGGAACUUCAAGCCCGAGUCCAUUCUCGGAGAGGGUGGAUUCGGGAAGGUGUACAAGGGUUGGGUGGAGGAGAAGACUCUCAAUCCUUCCAAGAGCGACGUGGGCACGUUGGUGGCCGUGAAGAAGCUCAACUCUGAAAGCGUGCAGGGGCUGGAGGAGUGGCAGGCAGAAGUGAACUUUCUAGGGAGGCUUUCACAUCCAAACCUCGUCAAGAUCUUGGGAACUUGA